AAAGAAGAAGAAGAAGAAAAUAACAUCGUCUCAAUUCUUCAGACUUCAGACCCACUACACUGCUCUUUUACCUUCUUGCCUGUCCCCUUGACUGCAAAUGGCACUUGGGAGGUGGAGCACAGAGCGAGGAAAUGGCGAAACGAGAUGAGUCCAGAAUCGUUUGAAAUGUUAUUUGUUUCCCAAAGUCAUUGCUUUCGUCAUAUUCAUAGCGUCUCUUUGCCCAACGAAUUAUGAAUAUUACUAGAAUACUCGCUCUCUCGAGUUGUUUUCCGAAACGAAAACGGCUCCUACGCCUUGUAUGGCCGAAAUAUGUCUAUUGUUACCCACUUCAGAGGUCAAUUAAAACUCAGUCGCGACAGCUCGCGUUCGCCAAAGACUUGUUCCUCGGUCAGAUAAAUAAGGAUGUAGUAUUUCCCUAUCCAGACAUUGGAAUUGAAGAAUUGGAGGAGAUAAACCAGUUUGUGGUUCCAGUGGAAAAAUUCUUCAGUGAGAAAGUUGACUCGGCAAAGAUAGAUCGUGAAGCCAAAAUACCCACUGAAACGUUGAAUGGCUUAAAAGAACUUGGACUUUUUGGAAUUCAGAUUCCAGAGCUAUAUGGAGGUCUGGGAUUAUCCAACACCAUGUAUGCACGACUAGCAGAAAUAAUAUCUUUAGAUGCCUCUAUUGCUGUGACACUGGCUGCACAUCAAGCAAUUGGACUGAAGGGUAUAUUAAUAGCGGGGAAUGAAUCCCAGAAGAUGAAGUACCUGCCCAAAUUGGCAUCAGGGGAACACAUUGCAGCUUUUUGUUUGACUGAGCCUGGAAGUGGAAGUGAUGCAGCCUCAAUUCAAACGCGAGCAACAUUGUCAGACGAUGGAAAAUAUUACCUUCUCAAUGGAUCCAAGAUUUGGAUUUCAAAUGGUGGAAUGGCUGACAUCAUGACUGUGUUUGCACGGACUGAGGUAUUUGAAAACGACACAAAGAAAGAGAAGAUUUCUGCAUUUAUUGUUGAGAGAGCUUUUGGAGGCAUAACUAGUGGAAACCCUGAAGACAAACUUGGCAUUAGGGGCUCCAACACUUGCGAAGUGUCAUUUGACAAUGUUCCAGUACCACUGGAAAAUCUCAUUGGAGAAUUAGGAGAAGGAUUCAAGAUUGCCAUGAACAUUCUCAACUCUGGAAGAUUUAGCAUGGGAAGUUCUUCAGCUGGAAUGAUUAAAAAGUUGAUUGAACUGACCUCUGAGUAUGCUGUAACGAGGAAGCAGUUUAACAAAAGCAUAAGUGAAUUUGGAAUGAUACAGGAGAAAUUUGCAAUCAUGGCCCUCAAUGCCUUUGUAAUGGAGAGCAUGGCAUACCUGACAUCAGGAAUGAUGGACAGACCUGGGCUACCAGAUUGUUCUUUAGAAGCUGCCAUAGUCAAGGUGUUCAGCUCCGAGGGAGGCUGGAUUUGUGUCAGUGAAGCACUUCAGGUCCUUGGAGGUUUGGGUUAUACAAAGAACUACCCAUAUGAGCGUUAUGUAAGGGACUGUCGUAUCCUGCCUAUCUUUGAGGGUACCAAUGAAAUUUUGAGACUCUACAUCGCUCUUACUGGAAUGCAGUAUGCGGGCAAAAUCCUCACGGGAAAAAUAAAGGAAAUGAAGAAAGGAAAUAUAGGUAUGGCUUUGGGAAUGAUCAGCAAAAAGUUGAAAAACUCAUUCGGAAGUACAACAGGCGCUUCACAUCUGGAAAAGAAUGGAAUGGUUCAUCCAAGCUUAGCUGGAAGUGCACAGAAGUUUGAAGAAAAUGUUUAUCUUUUUGGAUCAACUGUGGAGAGCCUUUUAUACAGAUAUGGAAAAACAAUUGUGGAUGAACAGCUCAUUCUGAAGAAGGUAGCAGAUGUGCUCAUCAACUUGUAUGCAAUGACAGCUGUCCUGUCCCGAAGUAGCCGUUCCAUCACAAUCGGUCUAAGGAAUCAUGACCAUGAGGUGUUGCUCGCAAACACCUUCUGCGAUGAUGCCUACUUCAAAAACAAUUUUUGGAUGACUCAGUUGCAAAAAAAUUCGCCUGAGAACAACGAUGCCAGCAUUAAGAAGAUUGCCAAGGAGGUAUUGGACAAUAGAGGAUAUAUUUGCUCCCAUCCUCUUGAGAGAACAUACUGAGUUUUACCAUAUAAUGUUUAGGCCUGUAAAGGGAAAUGGUAUUUUUUGCUAACGUGCUAAUAAAUAAUCAUAGACAUGCCUGCUUCUAUUGUUUUGGUACUUACUAUAAUAAAAUAAAGAUAUGACAACCGUAAUGUAACCAACAACAACAACAAAAAACAUCUUAAAUAUGUGCAUGAGAAGGAAUGUUUGUGUGGGCAGACAAAAGAGCCCUUUAUGUGCAACAAAUGAAUGACUUAGUAAUAAGAACAGGCCAGUAUGAGGAUAGUUGACCAUACACGUCACUCCCUCGCCAUAUGAUAAAUGGAGGGACAGAUCGUUCUGAGUUGGCGUUGUGCGUCGAGUCAACCCACCAGUGGCUGACACAGAACACAAUCAGCAUUGCCCCAACAACACGGGGCACGGGCUCUUUUGCCCCAUCCAAGACUGAUGACAUCUCUGGUUAACGCCUGGACAGCCCAUCCAAUCAGACUCCUGGCACCUUCAAAAAGAGGAAAGGCGUUCUGCUAGAAUGGGACUCUGGGCCCAGUCUUCUCUCUCUGUUUGCCUGACAGUUUUCGUGGUUACGUUAUUUUUCAACUUUUUGGAAAGUCGUCAUUAGAGCUUUUCUUUGGAUUGCCAAAGUUCGUAUUCUUUGGAGUCAGAUAGUGGGUACAACAACAUGAACGCACGGCCUUUGGCUAAGAGGUCAAAUGCCAACAGCUGCUACUAACGAUUAUUUGAAUAAAUUCAUCUGUCAAAUUGUGGGAUUCAAAUUUAAAUAAAAGCCUUUUUUUAACAAAACUUUCCCUUUUUUU